GCACCUUCUUUAAAGGUUCAUCUGGAACAAUGAAGAUUUUUAGACCUAUAUGUUUUCUUGUUUUCUUCAGCUACGUUCAAUGUCAAACUCUUCAGAGAAGUUUACUAGCUGCAGCCUUGCGCCACAUUAAUAGCCAGAAUUAUCUGCAGGAGAACUUAAGAGACAUCACCAGCAUUAUGGUUGCUCAGUUUCUUCAGAAGUUAACUUAUGAAGAAGUACAAACCAUAGUUGAAGAGUUGGUAGAUCUAACAGACAAGUGCAAGAUUCUCAAGCCACAUGAAUCACCGUCAGAAUGCGCUCACCAAUUGAUGACUACUUUUCUGGAACACAUUUGUAAUAACCAAGGAAAGGCUGAGAGACAGGAGUUUUCUGACUGUUGCAAUAUAAAUAACAAAGCAAGACUCAAGUGCUUCCUAUUAUACAAAAAAGAUGAUGCAGAUGACAGUGAUGUAUUCCAAAUUCCAAAUCCUGAGCAGAUCUGUGAGACGCACAAAGAGAAUCAAGUGUCAGUGAAGGAGAGGUACAUUUAUGAAAUGUCUAGAAAGUAUCCAUUCUUGUAUGGACCCACUAUUCUGACAAUGUCUGCUUGCUAUGAAACAGCUAUUCACUCAUGUUGCCAAGAAGAAAAUAAAACUGAAUGCUUCCAGAUGAAGCUAGAACCCAUCAGAAAAUACAUUAGAGAACUAUCUUGGAGGCAUCACCAUUUAUGUGAAAUUGGAAUUAAAUUCAACCAUAAAGUAGCAAAAGCAGUGGAAUUGGUUCUGCUGACUAAAAAACAACCAAAAACUAACUUUUCUGAAAUUGCCAGACUGGCCGUGUAUAUUAAAAAUCUGCAUCAGACAUGUUGUGAAGGAGAUGUAGUCGCAUGUGUACUUGGCAGGAGCCAGCUUAUGAACUAUACCUGUUCUUCACAGUCAAUCCCAUCCAGUAAAAUUGCUCCAUGCUGUGCUCUGCCUGUGCCGUUCCAAGGGGAAUGCAUUAUCAACUCAGAAAAUGAUGAUAAACCUGAUCUUCCAUCCUUGCCCCUCAGCAGAUUUACAGAAGAUCGAUUUGUAUGCAAACAAUUUUCCGACAAGCAAGACGACUUCUUGCAAGAGUUUCUUUAUGAAUAUUCAAGAAGACAUUCAGAAUUGGCAGUUCCGGUGAUUUUAAGAGUGGAUACAGUAUAUCAGAAUUUAUUGGCAAAAUGCUGUAAAUUAGAAAAUCCUCUGGAAUGCUAUAGCCAUGGGAAAGAGAUGUUCCAAAGAGUGAUUCGUGAAAGCCACGAGCGUGUAAAAAAUCAUUGUGAUUUACAUGAGAAAUUAGGAGACGCUUACUUCCAUGACAGGCUCAUAAUCCUUUAUACUAAGAAGGCCCCACAACUAUCUGCACAAGAGUUGGUUAUGUUCACGAAGAAUAUGGCAGCUGCUGCCACCAAAUGUUGCCCUCUUAGAGAUGAGCAACAAUUUGCCUGCAUGGAGGACUUGGCAAAACUAAUUCUUGGAGCUUUAUGCAGAAGACAUGAGGCAGAGCCUAUCAAUGCUGCUGUGGGCCACUGCUGUGAUGACUCAUAUGCCUUCAGGAAGCCAUGCUUUGAUGAUCUGCAAGUUGAUGGAACUUACAUUUCUCCUCCUUUAUCCUGUGACCAAGUCAUCAGCCUUAAAGAGAACUUGUGCAAAGCUCAGGAGGAGGAAUUCCAAACUGAAAAACAAAAGCUCCUCAGCAAUCUCGUGAAGCAGAAACCAUACGCGACAGAGAUGCAGUUCCAAUCAAUUAUUGCAGAUUUUGCCCACCUGGUGGAGACGUGCUGCCAAGCAGAGUCGAGUGAAAUGUGUUUCCGAGAAGAGGGAUCCAAACUGAUUGAAAAGUGCCAGUCUCUCUUGGGAGGCAAAUGAUCCCAGAAAAAUGUCAAUAUAGAGUCUUUGCUGAGAUCUGCCUUUUGUUUUUCACGAGUAAUGAAACUACAAAUCAGCAGCAUCAUUUUUCAGCUACUCAAUGUUACUCAGGAUACUAGCCUGGGCUUCACUGAAUCCUUUUCUACUUAGCAGAGAAAUCUCUGUAUUGUAAUCCUCAUACAACCAGCUUACCUGCUUCCUUUCUCUCAUAAGCUCUCAGCUUCUCAAAAGCAACACCAGAAAUAGGAAAUCAAGGGACCUUUCAAAACCUCAGGUAGAUGCAAUGGGCUGCCACAUCUGGCUGGGAGCUGGCUUCUGGGUUUCUAGAGUGAAAAAGACCCCAGUGCAGCUCUGAAGCUUCUGUCGAUAGCACUGCAGAAAAUGCUUAUUGGUUAACUGAAUUGAAUGUGCUUUAGAAUAAGUUACCUUUAGAACUGCUUUGACUUUUUUUUUAAGAAGUAUGGGACUGGGAAGGUAUUUGGAACCACUUACAACAUUUAUUCAUCCAAUAGAUUUUUAGUGGGUAUCCGCUGGGUACAAGGCACUGUUCUAGGAGCUUGUGACCAAACAGAACAGAACAAAAUCCCUAUCUUCAUAAAGUUUACCUUCUGGUGCAGCUUGGUGAAAACAUAUGUCUCUUCUUCUUUUUCUCUCUCUUUCUUUCUUUCAUAUCAGUUAGUCUUGAACAAAUCAGGACUUUGCCUCAUCCCUAUGGCAUUGAACACAUUAUGAAAUCAAGAAAAUAUUUAACAUUCUGUUUGCCAAGAGUCGUUGUGUUAAUAGAAAAGCUCCAAAAGGUCAUGACUGAGGUGAGGAAUAGGUCCUAUUGGCCGUGCAUGGUCUCCUACAUGCUAGGUAAGUCUGCUUUUGUAACAGCCAAUGUCCUAAGACAUGUAACUAGACUUAACUUCUGGCUUGUUAUUGUCACUGGCUGCAGUAAUAGCAAUUAGCAUGGUGCUGUGUGCCAGAUAUUAUUGUAAGUUUUUCCCUGUAAAGACUUAUUUGACCCUCAUAACUCAUAAUAAUCUAAUGAGGCAGGUACUAUUAUUAACCUUCUCAUUCUACAGACCAACACAAUGAGUGCAAAGAGGUUAAGUAGCUUGCCCUAGUAUUUACAGGUGGUUUGGAACUAGAAUUCAAAGCUCAAGUUAAUAAAUUUAAGGGCUCCUGGGUUCCAUUGUCAGCAUCACAUAUACAGGGUAAAGAUAAAAGGUGGAGGGACGGGAAAAAUGGGUUGAGGAGGUUGGAGGUGAAUUUAAAAAUUUAAGAAGAGAGCACACAUACAAAAAGGAGUUUACAAAUAUAUAUUAGGGAAAAGAGAUAUGAGAGAAAGAAUCAAUGGACAGUAGAGAAUGUGAAAUUGAAUGAACAUGUGAGGACUUCUUCCAAGGCUGAGGCUUUAUUUAUUUAUUUAUUUUUUUUCAAGGCUGAGGCUUUAGCUGCAGAGUCAAUGGUUAACUGGAGACAACCUCGAUAUUUGGUUAACUAUUCACAGAAAGUCUUCUCAACACUGUGAAAAGAAUAUCACCACAAUUUGCAAUGAGUGCUUCAGGAGGAUUUCUCUGGCAUUGAGUUUUCAGAUAAUGAUGUUCUUUGACAUGACAAAGUAGCCCUAAUGCACUGGUGAAGAGCCCAGUUGCUGGAGAUGGAUGGUCUAGAUUUGAGUUCUGCCCCGACUCACCAUCGUAUCCUUAUCCUUGUUGAGAUCUUGUUGCCCCCAACUACUGAAUUUUUGUCUUAAAACUAGCCAAACCAAAUCACUCACCAUCCCCUAAAACACCUCACACACCACCACAUCUCUAUCUGUUCAAACCCUGCCCAGUUUCUAGUCUUUGACCAGGGCCACUUCUUCCGUGACUUUCCCUGGUCUCUAGGACAGUAUGUGAUCUUAGACUCCUGUGCAUCACAUUACCAGUCAGCUCUGCUCUUGUGACACCAGAAGUUUGAAAUCUGCCCAGUGUUAUAAUUCCUUAUGUGUUUGUCUCUUGUAUAAAUUCAUUAGUUAUCUGAUUCUAGUAUGUUCAUAUUAUGCUCUGUAGCACCUAGCAAUGUAUGAAAUACAAUAGAAACUUAACAAAUGUCUUUUGGAAGCUAAUUUGCUAAUGUAUAAGAACAUGUCCAAAUAAGCGGAGUGCAGCUAAGAUACCUUUUAUGUGUCAAGUAUUCGUCCUAUAACUUGCACAACUGUCCACUGAAGUAGGUACUUCUAUUCCCAUUUUACAAAUGAGGACACAUAAGGAAAGCCAGAUUGAGGGAAUAUAGUUUAGGGUGAGAUCCUAAAUUAUAGCAGUUAAGAGAGAGAACUCUGGAGCAUAAUUCAAAUCUUACCUAGCUCUUCUGCUAAAGACUUUAGCAAAUGUCCUAACCUCUCCAUGGCUUGCUCUCUUCUUCAUCUAUAAAAUUGGGUUGAAAGGGUAAUUUCUUCGUGGGACUAUAAUAAACACUAAAUCAGCUGAUAUAUAUAAACCUUAAAACAUACUGGGCAAAUGGCAAGUAUUAUUAGUGUGAGUAAUAUGAAAUUGCUGCUUUUGUAGGUUAAAUUGACAAUUUCAGAUGGCUCAGCCUAAUAGGUGUUAGCUAUUAUUAUUUAAAAGACCAAUGGAUGCCAUUGAGGGUUUUGUUCUACUUGCCUCUUAUUCCUUUCUUUCCUUUCACACGUAGAUAUAGAGCAACGUAACAGUUACACCUGCCAUCUUUUCCACCUCAUCAACUGCCUUGAAAAUGGGCUUCUUUCUCCUUCAUUUCCUGAAACCAGUGUGAACAGCCCUAAACAAAAUUCCAUAGCAACACUGCCUUACUGUUUCAUAUAGCCAAGAUAAUGUAUUUAUAUAUUUCAGGUAGCCAAGAGAUAAUAUAUUUGCAUAUUUCAUAUAGCCAAGAGAUAAUAAAAUAUACCACCAAAUUCAGGGAAACCAGUAAAGAUUCUAUAUUUCUUUAGCUACUGAGUCAGAUUUGUGAAAAGGAGGUUUAUAUACAGGAGGUUUUUAGAAAAAAAUAUUUCAUGGAACUCAUUCACUCAUUCUUUUACUCAUUGAUUCACUAAGUCACUAAGUCUUUUAUUCAACUGAUUUAUAUCAAGCACAUCCUAUACACAAGACAAUAUUAGGCACAGUGAAGUAUACAAAGAUGAAUGCAAAAAGUCCUCUACCAUUAAUAAGUAUAACAUGAUCUGGGAUUGAAUUUGAACUAAUAUGUAACUGGUAGUGAAAUAUUUGAGCCACCUAGAACAAGGAUAAAGAGUUUUAUGACAAAAGUUAAUAUUUUUACAUUAUGCAAAGAUGCCUCUGAACAGAUUUUUGUCUGUUACCUAUUGCUAUGUAACAAAUUACCCUAAAAUUUAGCAGCAUACUACAAGAAACAUUUCUUUUCUCAUAUGUUUUCUGAGGAUCAGGAACCCAGGAGUGGGUUAGCUAGAUUUUCUGGCUCAGGGUCUCUCACGAGGUUGUAAUCAAACUGUUAGGGCUGUUCUCUGAAGGCUUAAUGGGGGCCAGUACACGGCCCACUCAUCUGGCUUCGGACGGGAGCCCUCAGUUGUUGCUGACUUUGGCAAAGGUCUCUGUUCCCAUCAUGCAGGCCUUUCUCCAGUGCUGCCCCCCUCAUGGCAGUUGGCUUCCCCCAGAGCCCGUGAUCCAAGAGAGUAAGCAAGGAGGAUGCCACAGUGUUAUAUGACCUAGACCCAGAAUCACACACUGUCACUUCUGCUUUCUUCUAUUCCUUAGGAUUGAGUCACUAGGUCUGGGCCAUAUGCAAGGUGACUUCUAGGCCCAAUGUCUUUAUGAAUAUAUUUUAAAACUACCAUGGAAGUGAAGUUAAUGUCUUAUUUAAAAAUUUGAUAUUUCUGCAUCUACUGGAACUCUGUUCUUGCUUGCAUGUUCUUGCUACUUUUUGUUGGUAACUUCUGUAUUUUUAAAAGAUUUUAUUUAUUUCUUUUAGAGACAGAGAAAGCAUGAGCAUGGGGAAGAGCAGAGGGAAAGGGAGAGGGAAGGGAAAAGAAUCUCAAGCUGACUGCACUGAGUGCAGAGCCCAAUGUGGGGCUCAAUCUUACGACCCUGAGAUCAUGACCUGAGCCGAAACAGAGUCAGACCCUUAACCAACUGAGCCAUCCAGGUCCCACAUUGGUAACUCUCUGAUCAUAACUUUUCCAUUUCCUAAUUUAAAAGUAACAUGGGUUUAUUAUAGAAUAUUUAAUAAGCAUGGGAAAAUAAAUGAUUUACCCAUAAUUCUAUAGCCCAUAUAUAACCACAUUUAAUGUUUUCUGGUUUGUGUGUCGACACAAAUAUUAGUGUAUACACACACACACACACAUAUUUUACGGCUAAGAGAUAUUUUGAAUUUUUGUAUGUAUAUUCUUACUUAGAUACAUAAGAAUUUUCUUCUAUAUUUAAAGUUCAUUUGGAAACAUAAUUCUAGUGGCUGCAUACCAUUUCUAUGAGUAAAUGUUCUUUUCCUUCUUUAAUUAUUUUUUCCUAUUUUUGAUCAUUUAAGCUAUUUACUUUCUUUUACCACAACAGCAAUAUAAUAAAUAUCUUUCAUAAUGUC